AGAUAGGGUCCCAUGUGAAGCAUAAGAAGGCGCAGAGAUUCUUUUCCUGCUCAUCGUUUCCCCAGCAAGAAAAGACGGGGAGUCAAACAGUCCAAGAAACACAGAGAGGCUCCCAUCUGUUGAACGCACCAGCUCGACUUGCCACCUCGCCCCUCCGGAGCCCAGGCCAAUGGCGGCGGCCGAACCGGGGCAGCAGCAGCACCCCUGCAGCAUCUGCAUGGAGCCCAUGGCGCCCUCCAAGGCCCACCGCGGUGGCGCCGCCUGCGCGCACGCCUUCUGCCGUGCGUGCCUGGCGGGCCACGUCCGCGCCAAGGUCGAGUCCGCCGGUGGCAGUGGCGGCGGCGGCGCCGUCGUGCGGUGCCCCGAUGCGUCCUGCGCCGAGGCGCUCGACCCGGAGCUCUGCCGCGCCGCGCUCCCCUCCGACGUGUUCGAGCGGUGGUGCGCCGCGCUCUGCGAGUCCUUGUUCCUCGGCGCACGGCGCACCUACUGCCCGUUCCCGGACUGCUCCGAGAUGAUGGUGGCGGACGACGGCGAGGACGCUGAGUGUUGCGUUACGCAGUCGGAGUGCCAGGUGUGCAGGCGGCUGUUCUGCGCGCGGUGCGGGGUGCCGUGGCACGCCGGCGUGACCUGCGCCGAGUUCGAACGGCUCGGCGAGGGGGAGCGAAACCGGGAGGAUCUGUUGCUGCUGGAGGCCGCCCGGGAGGGAAAGUGGAAGCGCUGCCCGGGCUGCAGGUUCUACGUCGAGCUGUCCAGUGGCUGUCUGCACAUUACCUGCAGGUGUGGAUUUGAGUUCUGCUAUGGAUGCGGUAAGCGAUGGGAGCUAAUACAUGACGGCUGUCCUGGGGCAUGAAGUAGGUUUGGCUUUGAAUUCUGCUAUGGAUGCGGUAAGUGAUGGGAGCAGAUACAUGACGGGUUCUGGGGCAUGAAAUGGGUACGGAUGCUGCUAGUUAGUAUAGUUUCUCUGGGGUUCACGUGAAUCACGAAUAUUGUGUUUGGUAUCUUCUCUGACCAUGAGCUCGCCAGUCUGCCAAUCUCCUCUUGAGAAUUUUGCAAGGUUCUUCUAUAUGUGUCUGGUCUUAAUUAGCCAGUAAUGUGCAAAAGGUAUAAUCUAUGACUUUCUUUAAUUUAA